AGGCAUGACUCAUGACGUUGGAUAUAACCUUAAAUUGAACUUGGAAACAAAUGUAAACACAAAAAAUAUCCCUGAAAAGUACCUAUCACCAGAUUAGAAUAUAAUUCUGUGGAGUUGUCUAAUUUUAAGUGUUUCUACAUAAAAAAAUCUUUUUAAUGUUGAUACACUCACAUAAGUGUAACUUUCAUAUUAACAUCUCUUGAAAUUUCCUUUAAAAAUGUCUCUAAAAGAUUUAAAAUAUACUCUCAAUAAUGGUAAUACGCUAUUUGCUGUUGGAUUAGGAACAUGGUUGUUGAAAGGAGAUAGUUUAUUGAAAGCAAUGGAUAUUGCAUUGGAAGCUGGAUAUCGCCUCUUUGACACAGCUGCUAUGUAUGGUAAUGAGAAAGAUCUGGGAGAAGCAUUGAAAAAACUGCUGCCAAAACAUAAUUUAAAAAGAGAAGAUGUUUUCAUUACAACAAAAUUAUAUCCAUCUGAACAAGGAGAUAAGGCAUUCAAUGCCAUUAAAGAAUCCUUGGAUAAAUUAGAUUGUCAAUAUAUUGACUUGUAUUUGAUUCACUGGCCUGGCACUUAUGGGGUCAGUUCUAAUAGUAAAGAAAACGCAGUUUUGAGAGAUUUGAGUUGGCAACACAUGGUGAAAGCUGUAAAUUUAGGACUAAUAAAGAAUAUUGGCGUCUCUAAUUAUACGACUAAACAUUUAAAAGAAUUGUUGAAUAACAAUCAUGGCAUAAAACCAGUUGUGAACCAAAUUGAAUGGCACCCUUAUUGCCAUCAGAAAAUAUUGUAUGACUUCUGUAAAACUGAAAAUAUACAAUUGCAAGCAUAUCAAUCACUUGGAGGUGAAGGUAAUAAUGAUCUUUUGGAAAACAAAGUUAUCAAAGAUAUUGCAGCAAAAUUGGGAAAAACUACAGGGCAAUUACUCCUACGUUGGUCCAUCCAACAAAACAUUGCCAUUAUUCCAAAGUCAAAGACGAAAGAAAGGAUAAUCGGAAAUAUGGAAUUAGAUUUCAAUAUUCCUGAAGAAGACAUGAAAACUUUAUUUAGUUUUAAGCAACAAAAGUAUGAUUGGGACCCAGAAACCAUAACCAACUACCAUAUUUUACUAGUUAAAAAAGCAUUAAGAAAAACUAUUGUUUAUACUGUAAUUACCUUAUCAGUAUUUUAUAAAGUAUAUUUUUAUUUGAAAAUAAAACAAAAGAAUCAAUUAGCAAAAGAUAUGAAGUUUACUCUGCAUAGUGGUGAUUUAAUGCCCAUGGUCGGAUUUGGAACUUACCUUAUUCGUGGAGACGAUUUGAUAAAAACAACGUUGGAUUACGCGUUGGGUGCUGGGUAUAGACUGAUAGAUAGUGCCGCUGUUUACGGUAACGAAGAAUCUAUUGGUAAAGCAUUAAAAGAAUUGUUACCCAAGUACAAUUUGACUCGUAAAGAUAUUUUUAUUACAACGAAAUUAGCUCCUAGUGAUCAAGGAGAAAAAGCUUAUAGUGCCCUCCAAAAAUCUCUUAAUAAUUUAGAUUGUGAAUAUCUCGAUUUAUACCUCAUCCACUGGCCAGGGGCGCAAGGUAUUAAAAGUGAAGGAAAAAAUAAUUCUGUACUUAGAGAUGAAAGCUGGCAACAAAUGGUUAAAGGCGUGAAAAACGGAUUAGUGAGAAAUAUUGGAGUUUCAAAUUAUAAUGUUAAUCAUAUGAAACAGUUGCUAAAUAAUAAUCAUGGUAUUAAACCAGCAGUAAAUCAGGUUGAAUGGCACCCUCAUUACCAUCAAGACGACUUACAAGAGUUAUUGAAAAAAGAAGGAAUUUUGCUUCAAACUUAUUCGUCUUUGGGAGGUAAUGAUAAUAAGCAACAUUUAUUAACGGAUCCAGAGGUUAUAAAGAUUGCCACCAAAUUAGGAAAAACUCCUGCUCAGGUUUUACUGCGCUGGGCUCUACAACAAAAUCUCGCCGUCAUUCCUAAAGCUCGUUCUAAGAAACACAUUGAAGAAAACUUUGAUCUCGACUUUACCAUUCCAGAGGAAGAUAUGAAGAUUUUAAGCAAUUUCAGUCAAUCGAAAUAUGCUUGGGAUCCGGAUACAAUUGCUUGAAUUCUACUUACUUAUUAUUAUUAUUUACUAACAUAGGCUGUAAGAUAAUUUAACUAAUUUUCUCGUUUUCAACAUGAGUACAAAUAUUCAUGACAAAGUAGCAAAAUUAAGUUUGGACUGUUUUAAAAUAUUGCCUAAAUCUGGUAAACCCAUAAGUACGGAAUGGACUGUAUUAUCUUGUAUAGUACAAGAUAUUGAUGGCGAAUUGACAGUUGUAGCCUUGGGAACCGGAUCCAAAUGUAUAGGAGCUUCAAAAA